UCAGCUUUAAGGAUGCAUCCGGCCUGUCAUAACAUUUACAGAUUUAUUCCAUCACGUGAUCUGCAAAGACAUAUUUAAUGAAUGAGCGGAUAAAGACUUUUAAUACACAGGAGAAAGUGUACAUGUCAUUUCCAGUUUUGGCCACUAGAGGGCAGUGUGUGCUCUGCUGCUGCUGCUGCUUUUCCAUUCUACACAUCUGUCAUUGAAAGUGGCUGAUAAGGACUGGAAAGAUACUGGAUUUCUUGGGAUCUUCUUUUGAUAAUAUGUCUCUAUACCGCAAUGCUGUGUGGUUUCUGAACGGAAUUCAUCAAUACACAAGGAAAGGCUAUGAGGCUGCAUCUAAGCACUUUGAGUCCCAGGACUUGGAUGUGUCCGUUGUGGGAAGGUCUUUUAUGAUCACAGGAGCUAAUAGUGGUAUCGGCAAAGCAACAGCCAUGGCCAUAGCUAAGAAAGGUGGGACUAUUCAUAUGGUGUGCAGGAACAAGGACAAAGCUGAAGAAGCCAGGGCAGAAAUAGUCAGGGAGUCUGGGAAUACUGAGGUGUAUGUCCAUAUUGUUGACAUGUCAGAGACACGCAAAGUCUGGGAGUUUGCAGAAGCCUUCAAGAAGCAGUAUCGCUCCUUAAAUGUUUUAAUAAACAAUGCAGGAUGUAUGAUACACAAGAGAGAAGUGAAUGCAGAGGGACUAGAAAAGAAUUUUGCCACCAACACUAUGGGGGUAUACAUGCUCACUCAGACCCUCAUACCACUUAUACAGAAGAGCCGGGAUCCAAGGGUGAUCACUGUGUCCUCAGGGGGCAUGCUGGUCCAGAAACUUCGAGAUGAUGACUUGCAGUCAGAGAAGGGCCGCUUUGAUGGAGUCAUGAUCUACGCGCAGAAUAAGAGACAGCAGGUGGUGCUAACACAGCAGUGGGCCAAAGCCAACCCUGUUAUACACUUCUCUGUGAUGCAUCCAGGUUGGGUCGAUACACCAGCUGUUUCUACAUCGAUGCCUGAGUUCCACCGCAUGAUGGGCGACAGGCUGCGCAGUGUCGGACAAGGGGCUGACACUGUGGUGUGGUUGGCUCUGUCCAGAACUGCAUCCAGAACUCGCAGCGGGCAGUUUUUUCAAGAUCGUAAACCUGUUCCUGCUCACCUCCCUCUGGCCUGGACUCACAGCUCUAAUGAGGAGAUUCAGAGGUUUAUGGAUCACAUGGAGACUCUGGCCAAGGAUGUACAACAACAACCACCUGACAUACAGCUCAACGGGCCCCCAGAUCUGUGCACACCACACAUUGUCUGAAUAUAUAUGUACAUGACCCAUUAAGUUCUAAUCUCAGAUUAAUCAGUCCGCUUUUAUUCACCAGUUUGUCUUUUAACACAUGCUCUGGACCAUUCAAAGUUGUGUGACCUGAUAAUCAGCUGUGACGUCAUCUGUUUAUUACGUGUGUUUGCACUGAAAAUGAUUCAAUAGAACUGAGGAAUCAGACUGAUUUAGACCAGGGGUGUCAAACAUACUGCCUACGGGCCAGUGGCCACCCACCAAAGCGUACAAUCUGGCCUGUGGGAUGAAUCUGCAAAAUGCAAAAAUGACACUGAAGAUAUGAACAGUCAAGGGUGUUGAAUUAGUUUUCGUUCAG